AUGUGUCAAGAUAAUGCAGCCGAGUAUUUUCGUAAAUCGGAUAAAAGUAGAAUGCAUUUGAUAAGAAUUGAAGCGUUUACAGUUACGGCAUUGGCACAAUGAAUUCUGCAAAAAGAGGCAUGUCUAUAAUUUUUUGGAUUACUUUUGGCGUAUCCGUUUCUCCGAUACGAUCCGAAGACAGUACGAUGAAGUGGACGACUCAGAUCGCGGAUUUUUUAGAACCAAUAUCGUCGAUCGUGGAUUCCAGGUGUAGAAACGAUACGCUGGAUUGUCUCGAGGCUGCGAAAAACCUUUCCAACACCUGGGCCAUCGGAAUGAUCGACGCUACGGCAAAUUACCCGGCCGGAAUAUUGUCGGGAAAUAUACGUUCGAUGGGAAAUUUCGACCAGUGUCUCAAGAUCCGGCAUCCGGACAACGAAUACGUGGGAAAAUACUGUCUGGCUAGAUUGAACUACUCCGCUUAUGGGGAGAACGAAGACACCAUACUCGAGUACAUCGAUCUCGUUACGGCGGGUAGAAGAUUGCUCGAGCUUGGUGAUGACUGGGAUAAAGGUACUUUGAUCCUGCCAACAUAUUCACGCAGCGAACUGGCUUUAUGUCUUCCGUCAACGUGCUCAGCAAAAGAUGUUGCCAUUAUGACCGGAGAUGCUAUUCGACGGGCAACCUUUGAGACCGGCGUUCAGGUUGCGGUCUCACUCGAAGAUGAUCUUUGCUACACUGCGUUACGGACUGAGCCGUUCACAGGGGUCGAUUAUUUCGUAACGUUCAUCUGUGUAACGCUGUUAACCUUCACCAUUGUUGGAUCGGCAUGGAGUAUAAUUACCAAUGUGCAAAAGAGAAACGGAGUUCUGCCGAAGAUUUUGCGAGCCUUUUCGAUCGUCGAUAAUUGGCACCAAUUGGCGAAUCUCGGCCCUCCCCCCAACGAUGCGAUCACCUGCUUGGACGGAAUAAGAACCUUGUCAACCGUUUGGGUCGUGAUGACUCACCAAACGAUGCUUAUCGGCCAAUUGGCGUACAUCAAUAAACUCGAGACCAUGCAGACUCACAACGAUUACUGGUACUAUGUGAUAUGGAACAGCUACUUCAACGUGGACACCUUUCUAUUCGUCAGCGGACUUCUUCGCGCUUACAAUUUGACGAAAGAGCUUGAGCAGGGCAGGGCAAAUUAUUUGAAAUCAGGACUGCAGAGGUAUCUGCGUCUGACCCCGGCCUAUCUGUUCGUCAUAAUAUUCUACGUGUCGUAUUUCGAUCGGCUCGAUACCGGCCCGACGUGGAACGUCUACGUAGGGCGUAACGUCGAAGCGUGCAGAAGGUACUGGUGGCACAAUUUGCUGUACAUAAACAAUUACGUGCCGGGAAAUGACAAGUGCCUUCUACAGUCCUGGUAUUUGUCCGCCGACAUGCAGCUCUUCCUUGUAGCUCCGCUGCUAGUCUAUCCGCUGUGGAAGUGGAGGCUGAUCGGAAAAAUGCUUUUCACAAUAGCGGUGACCGUGUCGAUCGUUCUGCCCUUUUUGACAACCUGGAUCAACGAGUUUCCCGGAACGUAUAUGUUCACGGUUAGAAAUUCCGUACUCAAUUCGUACGCGCACGAUCUUUAUAUGGCGACUCACGAUCGAAUGUCACCGUAUCUCGUCGGCGUUCUGCUUGGCCACCUAUUCCACCUAAAGAAUUCCCCGUCCCUGGCCAAGUGGAAGGUCGCCGCGGGGUGGAUAGCAUCGUUAGCCGUCAUGUACGCCUGUGUCUACGGAGCAAAAGACAUGACCUCCUUCCAGCACACCUAUAAUAUCCUGGAGUCGGCCCUUUACGGAGGACUUCAUCGUUUCGCAUGGGCCGUUGCCGUCGCUUGGGUCGUUUACGCCUGUCACGUCGGUUACGGAGGCCCUGUCAACGCCUUUCUGUCCUGCAGUGCGUUCAGGAUUCUAGGACGAUUGAGCUACUGCGUUUUCCUGACCCACCUUGCUGUGCUGCUUUACAACGCUGCCGUUCUCCAAGUACCGAGGCAGCUCCAUAUCUACAUCUCGAUUCGAGAUUUCAUGGGUGACUUCGUCUUCAUCUUUGCGUUGUCCUUGCUACUUUAUAUAUUCGUAGAGCUUCCGCUGUAUCGUGUAACAAAAGAAAUGUUCAAGAAGCAGUAAUGAUUGUAUUAUUAAAAUGGCA